UCGUGGAAUUAAUCGGGGUCUCCCCUCUUCUUCGGUGUCCUUGGAUGGAGGGAGAUUUUAGCUUUCGCAUGUCUGCGGAAAAGACAUCCCCAGUGUCCUUUGAGGAGGUAGCCGUGUUCUUCACGGAGGAGGAGUGGGCUCUGCUCAGUCCAGGCCAAAGAAAACUCUACUGGGAAGUGAUGUGGGAAAAUUACAAGAUGAUGGCCUCUUUGGCUGCAGAUGUGAGGGAGAUGUUGAGUAAGAAGGAAAUAGGAAGAGCAAUUGUGAAAAGAGAUGAAGAUUUGGAGGGAGAAGCAAAACCUGGGGAUCAGGUGGUACCAAAGAGGCAGCAGAGAAGCAAAAGGGAAGCAAAACAGAGGCAGAGGAAGAAAUUGCUUGCCCAUCAAAGCAGGAAGAUACCUGAGGAUCCAAACAAAGAUAAAAUGCAGAAGAGAAAGAGAAGGCAUAACGGCCCCUUGAACAUCAAAGCAUUGAGAUGCAAACUCAGAGUUAAAAUAUGCCAGAACAUUACAACGUGCUGGAAAACAUAUAAAUGCUUGGAGUGUGGAAAGACCUUCUUUCAAAAUAGCAAGCUCACUAAACAUCAGAGGAUGCACAUGGUGGAGAAGACAUACAAAUGCUUGCAGUGUGGAAUAAGUUUCUCUCAGAAUAGCUGCCUGACUAGACAUCAAAAAGUUCACAGAGGGGAGAAGCCAUAUAAAUGCUUGGAAUGUGGAAAGAGCUUCCUUCAGAGUUCUUCCCUCACUAACCAUCAAAUUAUUCACACAGGGGAGAAGCCAUAUACAUGCUUGGAGUGUGGGAAGAGCUUCUCUCAGAAUGGUCAUCUAACUAGUCAUCAAAGGAUUCACACAGGGGAGAAGCCAUACAAGUGCUUGGAGUGUGGGAAGAGCUUCUCUCAGAAUGGCCAUCUAACUAAUCAUCACAGGAUUCAUACAGGGGAGAAGCCAUAUAAAUGCCUAGAGUGUGGAAAGAGCUUCUCUCGGAAUGACAACCUAACUAGCCAUCAAAAGGUUCACACAGAGGAGAAACCAUACAAAUGCCUCGAGUGUGGGAAGAGAUUCUCUCAUAAUGGGUACCUAACUGGCCAUCAAAAGAUUCACACAGGGGAGAAGCCAUAUAAAUGCUUGGAGUGUGGUAAGAGGUUCUCUCAGAAUGGCAACUUAACUAGUCAUCAAAAGAUUCACACAGGGGAGAAGCCAUAUAAAUGCUUGCAGUGUGGAAAGCAGUUCCUUCAUAGUGGUGACCUCACUAAACAUUACAGAAUUCACACAGGGGAGAAACCAUAUAAAUGCUUGGAGUGUGGAAAGAGCUUCCUUCAUAAGAGUAACUUGACUACACAUCACAGGAUUCACACAGGGGAAAAGCCAUAUAAAUGCUUGGCGUGUGGAAUUAGUUUCUCUCAGUAUGGUCACCUGACUACACAUCAAAAGGUUCACACAAGGAAGAAACCAUAUAAAUGCCUGGAGUGUGGGAAGAAGUUCUCUCAGAAUGGCAACUUAACUAGUCAUCAAAAGAUUCACACAAGGGAGAAGCCAUAUAAAUGCUUGGAGUGUGGAAAGAGCUUCCCUCAUAGUAGUAACCUGACUAAACAUCACAGGAUUCACAUAGAGGAGAAGAGCAGCUGGAGAAAAUGAUGGACUGUGCCAUGUGGGCUAAAUUUAUGUCUUUGAUUAAGGAAAAGAUUUUAGAUAAAUACUGAGUCAUAUGGAAGCCCCUUACUGACUUUUUCACGAAACAGAACAAGAUGAAUUAAUGACUUGUGCUUUUGAAGACUAGGGGGAAGGAAGGAAUAUUUAGAUG